AUCCAGCAAGUUCUUUGCAGCAUCCAGAUCUAUUGGGAAAGCCACCUCAUAUUUCCAAAACCUGUUCUGAACAUAAUUGAGUAAUUUUGCAGAGCUUUGCUAUGGUCUGGUACAGAACUCAGGAAGAAUGCUGCUGAAGUGGGUUGGCCAGAUCUGCUUACUAAAGGAUGAAGAUGGACUGGGACUAAAGGGAUUGCAAAAUGAGAACAAUGCCCCAUUUGGCAUCUCCUUACUGACAAACAAAGCAUAUGGAGCAGAUGGGUUAAACUUUCAAUUUGAGAGAGGCUUCUGGGAAAUCAAGUGCCCCUCACCCCACAAAGAAAAUGCUUUUGGAAUAGGAGGGAGAUGUUGCACUCAAGAGAUAAGGCAAGACCUCUUAUGCAGCAUGUUAUUGGUUAAGGGAGAAUACUUGACCUUUGUUGCUUCAUUUCAAUUCUAGUGGUUAUUUCAUACUGGGAGAUCGUACUUUUAUAUGCUGCUAUGAGAUCUCCAGCACUAGAUCGUCUAUAAAAUUUCCCUGUUGCAGCUUCCAUUUGCAUCAGACAGUUGGUACCCCCUGGCCCUCUGUUUCUAAGGUGGGGCCCCAUAAUCAUUUAUGAAUCUAAAUUCUAGAAAUCCCAAUGUUAGCCACAUUGUUGAUGGCAAUUAAUAGAGUUAGCGCUUUGAAACCUCAGAUGUUUUACAGGAAAUUAAGGCUUUAAUGCCUGACUACUUCCUAAUAACUCAGUAGAGACCAAG